AUGGCACCACGCCCCUCCAUCACCGGCUUCGACCCCAAGAAGUUCGCUGCGGCCUCUGCAAACGGCACAAAGGGCGACCCAUGGGCGCGAUAUGAGCAAUGGCGAUACACGGGUCCCUUCACCCGCUUCAACCGCUUCAAGGGCAGCUUCCCCGGCCUCGGUAUUGCGACCGUCGCUUUUGCCGGCUACCUUGUCGCUGAGCAGUUGUUCUUCAAGGACGACCACGCACAUCACGACGAGGGACACCACUGA